AUGACUGCUUCAUCUAUGGCUCACAAUGUGGGAAAACAUCCCAGUGCCAAGGAGGAGAGAAAGAUGAGAAAGCCGCUUAUCGAGAGGAAACGACGGGAGAGGAUAAACAAUUGUUUGGAUCAGCUGAAAGAAACUGUGAUCGGAGCGUUCAGACUUGAUCAAUCCAAACUGGAGAAAGCCGAUAUUCUAGAAAUGACAGUGAAGCACCUGCAAAACAUCCAGAGCAAUAAUCUUCACGACCCCACAUUAGGCGUGGAGGCCCAACAGAAAUACAGCACAGGGUACAUUCAAUGCAUGCACGAGGUGCACAACAUGCUCCUCACCUGUGAGUGGAUGGACAAAACUCUCGGCUCCCGCCUGCUCAACCACCUCCUGAAGUCCCUGCCCAGGUCCACCUACGAGCGCCCUCUCCAGGCCACACCCAGACAUGAUGUCCCUCCUCCAGCCAGCCAAGCCACGGCACUCCCCAGCACACCCCUCAGAGGGGACCCUUUGCCCUGUAGGCAGCUGCAGACAGAGGGCCCCACCUGCCACGUGACUGGACGUCAGGAGAGAGCGGCGCUUCACAGCUCCCACCUGGGGAUGCUGGAAAUGUGGAGGCCCUGGUGA